AUGGCUCGGAAAGUCGUGGGAACCCUCUUCCAAGUGAACAAAGAGGCUGUGCUCUUCGAGUUCAUGGACAAUGAUGAGGAAACCAUUGGAGUUAUUCGUCCCGGAUUGGUUCGACUAGGACCCAAGGGCAAAACGUUGUCCGCUGAGGAGGCCAAGUCGUUAGAUGAGAUCAACAAGUACAUGAGUCCCGGCGAUGAAAUUGUUUGCAAGGUAGCCUCAAAUUCGGAGGGGACGAAAGUGACCUGCCAAGAAGAUGAAGAAGAGAUUGGUCCCAACGGGGAUAUUCAAGUCACAUGUCGACUGAUCGAGAUCACUCCGGAUUGGAUUGCAAUUGAAGGGUACUUAGUAGAAGUCAAAAAGAUUGAAGGGGGUAGAAAAGUGGAUGAAAUAGGUGAUAUUGACAUACCAAGUGGAGAAGAAGUUACAUUGGCCGCUAUGGGGUCUUUGCCUCCUUCACCGCCAUCAGGGGCUACGGGCGAGAAGAAAGAUAUUGCGGAGGAAGCCCAGAAGAAGACGGAUGAAUCAAAAUGCAAACCCACAAUUGUACCGACGAAUGUUGCGGUCCAAAAUCAACCGCCUGAAGGAAAGGAGACAACGGCCGAUAUAGCGUUGGUGGCAGGGAAAAUAGUUCAGCUUAAAAAACCGGCUAAGUGCUUCACUUCCAAAGCCAAAGUUUCUUCAUUGUAUAUUGUUUUAAGUGAGGGUGAGUAUGAAGGCCAGAAGUUUCUUGUCCAAAACAACGCCUUUUACAUAUGGGGCCAUUGUCUACGGCAAGCCGAUUUCCUGUACAAUGUACGCGGUGGGGAUGAAGUUGUGGCUGAGGUCCACACUGUCAAUGGAGGAGGGAAAGUUAAGAACUGCUACAUCGGUCAAAUCAAAAAGGAACCAGUCUCAAUAGUGGAUGACCUGGAAUUUGGUACAUGGAUGGGAAGUCGGAGCCUCGACUACGAAGCUUUCAUGAGAUGGGUGGAUGGUAAAUUGAUGCUCAAAAACUUCUUUCCUUUGGCUUCUCGAGUGGAUGAAGGAGAACUAGUUGAAAUUGCCAAAGUAGAAGCUCACACUCGUGGACACGGGGGUUUGGUAAAGCUUAUGUCCGGCUCAAACGAAGGGAAGUUCGCAUUUUUCACCAGAAGAGAUCUUUACAUUCAUUCUGUUAACGUGGGAAAUGCAGACUUAUUCCGAUUUUUGAAGAUUGGCGACAAAAUCAAAUGCCAAUUAGAGGAAAUUUCAAGCUCCGAGAAACGAAAGUUCAAGAAAUUUCUGAAGAGCUCCAAUGACAUUCACUUUGUUGCCUAUGUGGCAUUUAUUGGCGAUGUCCGACCCAAGUCUGCCACUCUAAUGCCCCACGAAUCCCUGACACUCAAAGAUUUUUUGAAGGCUUAUGAUUUGUCUCCCUCGGAAUUUCAAAAGAUGAGGAUCGAACCAUUACCGGAAGAGGAUUACAAAGAGACCACUCGAUGGGAGAAACCGGAAGAAAGCAGUGCGUUGUUGCCAAAUCAGAUUAUUGCGCCCAAUGAAGUACCGUCUAUAAACACGUUCCAGCAACAAGCGAUGGCUGCAUGCAAUCCCCAUUAUCCAUUUUAUGAUGCCAUUAACACCUAUGCCUCUCAACACAAUAUGAUUGCUGCCAACAGUCUCUGUGCCAAGGCACUUAUGAUACAGAAUCCCGAUGGACCUGUGUCAAUGGAUCUCCUUCGGACUAAGGUCGAUUAUGAAGUUGCUUACCAUUUGGCCAAGAUUUUCACCACCGCUCUAACCCAGCAAUUACACGGUGAUAUCAGUCAAAAUAGCCUGAAAAGGUUGAGCAAGAAAAAGCUCCAGAAUGAUCUGAAGGGCCAAAAUUUCAAGCUCGGCACCAUUGGUAAAAGUCUUGAGAGCUAUUUGUUGGACGAGACGUCAUUGAUGAAGGCGGAGGAUCCGAUUAUUAUUGCUGCAAGAGAGCAAUCCUUAAUUCAAGCUAAAGUAGACUCACUGCAGAGCAAGUUCGAGGAAAUUGAACGGAAGAAUAAGGAGGAAAUAGAAGAGGCAAAGAGGAGAGAACAAACCAAGAAGAAAGAGGUAAGUGUAAGCAAGAUGAGAAACAUGCUUAAUCAGUUCAAGGCAUCCAAGGGCCAUGGACCGUCAAAAUCAUUGGAACGCCCCAGCAAAAAGGAACUCCCAGCUCUACCUGAAGACAAUCUUUCCCCUUUGGAGUUGGUCAGACUUUACACUAUGGAAGGAAAAUCAAUCGUCAGACGUGAGGGCAAGAUUCAUUUCGACAAAAGAUCCUUUCCCGAAGAAAUCAGCACAAAUUAUCGAGUUGCCCGGACCUCUGGCAUUAAUACGGAAUUCUACUCGCUCCUUUGCAUCGUCUUCUUCAUUGAAACGAUAUCCAGAGGCACGGACAAUUAUGAAAAAGCGGGUAAACUUCACAAGAUCCCGCUGGUUCGGAAUUCCGAUAUAAACGAUUUGGAAGAUUACCUAUUGGGCAAAACAGCGACUUCCUCUAACAUUGCGGACACGGUUUCUGUUGAACGUAAACCUACAACGUCUGAGAACAGCACAAAUGAAGACGCUGUAGAAUAUGGAGGAAUGCCUCAAUAUGAUGUUAAGGAGAUUGCCAAUAUCUCGCAUAAGACUUCAGAUCCAAAAGCUCAUUCCCAUAGUACCAAGGAUCGCGAUCGUUCAGGCAGAAAUUCCCAAUCAUCCAGGGAAAGAUCUCGAGGGAGUUCGAGGCGAUCAAGAGAACGGUCCAGAUCAAAACGCUCGCGUUCGCGCGAAAGUGCUCUUGACAAAUCAAAAAAGAAAACUAGAGAAUCAAUUCCAAGAACGGCAGAAAGAAGCGGUGGUAGUGCUGAAAUGAACCAAGGUCUCCAAAAUGAAUACGGAACUCAGAUUCGGCCAUUUGAUAAUGACACCUCGUUUCCAGGGUUGAGUAAUCAAUUUAGAUCUACUCCUUUAGACAAAGGGAACGGACUUGAUCAGAAAUCUUUUCCAAUGAGUGACAAUCAUCCGCAACCACUUAAUAUGUGGACUGAACAAACCCCUCGUUCAAGAAAUCCAUUACCAUUGAAUCUUGUAGGCCAUGAGCGUGUCCGCUCGCCUCUAGAGAGACAACCCAGAGACGUUCCAAUCAAUCCAUGGCAACAAGAACAGUUCUCAACAACCCCUAAGAGAGAGAACCAAUCCUCGGGGGUUUACGAUCCAACUCUGCCCACAGAGCCAUCUCCACCCCGUAGUCCGGCUCGAGCCAAGUUUCAGCCAUUGUCUGGUGGGUUAACCAAGCGUUUGCCCACUCCAUUUGAGUUAUCAACUCAGCCAUCAAAUGGUCGGAAUGACAGCGAUUUUAACCCUCGUGAGCCUUCUUGGAAGAUGCCCAGACAGAAAGAGUUGCAAGAUGAGCGAUUGUCGCGGUGGUCUGUUGGUCAGGAGGACCAAUGCGAAACUCAACCAAGACCAAUUGGUCAUUGGAGUGACCCCCAGAGAGACGAAGUUGAUCUUAGUCAGGCCAUGUCAAUGAACCCGUGGAAAAAGUCUGGCACUGAAUCAAAGAUUAGUUGGCAAGAGACUUCUGCAAGAGAGGGAUCCUGGAUGUCCGGGGACUCUGGUUGGAAAGUAACCCCUCCAGUCAAGACGCCGUGGGACAAGGUUGGUGGUCCCCUGGAAAUGGACGACUCGUCUGAUCUUCAUCCCCCUACUCUCCGUGGAUUUAACACGUCCUUCAGUUUCAGUGCUAUGAAUCCCAAUCCUUCAAGACCUAUGUUCGAGAACAAUAUUCGACAAAGAAUGGACUCGAACAUGGGACGAGAUGAUGAAAAACAUUUCCAAUUCUCAGGCACUUCUAGCUCAGAAUUUGAUAGGUUCAGAGGCUCGAGCCAAGAGGGUAGGUUUAGUGGGGGUGAAAUGUCUGGGUUUAGUAGAAAUUCUAUGAUCAAAGAUAAGGAAUUCAUGCCGGCCUCUGAUUCAUUUUGGAACGAAAGAAAUUCAAAUCCCCAUCAUCUUUCGAAUCCUUCCAAGUUUCCCACUAGAGAGCCUGUGUCAUUCUCAAGUACCGAUUUCAUGGCCAACCCUCAUCUGAGGAGCACAGACGGGCCCAAGUAUUGAAAUAUUGAAACACACUAAUUAUAUUCUUGUGUAGAAAAAUAAACAUGUAUCUUUUCCAUGGA